AUGUUUUUCCCCAAACGAUUGAUUGUAUGGGCGGUCCUUUUGGUUUUAAGCUUAUCCCAAUUUUUACUCUAUUUGCCAACUACGACAUGUACAACAAGUAAAGGGCUUCGACUAUGUGCCCCACAGUUUACUAUAACUGUCAUUGGGGGAUCAAACACGGCUAAUGAGUUUAUUGCAAGUGUAAGAGAGUUUUUAAGAUUGAUUUCAUACCUAACGAUUGACAUGGGUUGGUCAAAUGAGUUAACCGAUCCAAGCGUAUAUGAGGAUGAAAAUUUAGUAGACACGUUUCAACCUGAUAAAGUCUUUGAGCUUAAUUAUUUUGGGUUUUGUAAGCGGAGUAAUAGAAGUAAAAUCUACUGUACUUCAAAUGAGAAUUACGGGAUGGACGUACUUGAAGUACUGGUCCGGGAUGUUGGAAUCCAAUUGGGUAAUAUUUCUACAACACGAUCGAAUGAAACAAAGAAGUUUGGUGACUCUCUGGUGUUAACGUACCGGUUGGCACUGACAUCUAUUCGAGAUUUCCUGAAACAUGACAAACAUAGCGGGAACGCUCUGUCAAAGGCCUUGAUUGGCUCACCUGAUCCUAAUGCAAAGGAUCAAUCGCCAACAAAAAAUUACUUGAAGGGGGUUAAUCUGGCAUAUAUAUUAAUGGUGUUUAACGGCAUGGUGUUCUACCUUGCCGUCUUAGAGAUUAUAGUCGGAUUCCUCAGUAUCUGCGUCGUGUCGGCCUUUGGAGGUGCUCUCAGCGUUGGAAAGCGCCAUCGCUUGUUUCCUAUCCUUUUGAAGUUUUCAAGCUCAAUAUUAGUAACUCUCUCUACCCUGACGUUAUUAUGUAACGUCAUAUAUUUGAUUGCACUGAAAACUUUGGAACCCGAUGACGUAUCCGUGGUAGAACCGGACCGUUCUCUCCCGCAUACUACAGGUUGGGAAUUGCUGCAAGUUAACGUGGGAAGCGGGUUCAUCGUGGGGCUUGCCAGAUACGCUAUUCAAUGGGUACUACUGCUACUUGCAUUUCUUGCGGCAAACCAUUACAAGGCCAAGUCCAAGAAGUCUGAUAAGUGCACAGAGGACGAGUCUAUCCCCACUUCUCCCGAUUCCAUGGAGAAAUGA